AUGUCUGGCUGGGAAGAUUCUGCGGCCGGUCACUCCAAGGUGGACUGCACAAACCCCAAGAACUACCUAGCUCAUAUCAAGGAGCGCGACUUGGAGGAGGCGUGGGAUCUCAUGAAGCAAGCGAAUGACGACGAUGACUUCGAUGAGUUCAAGAUGCACAUGCUCGAGUACAUCAAGGCUAGCCCUAACUUGACUCUCGACGAGCUGGAGUCGGCUUUCCGCACCCAGGAAUUCCGCUACUACCUGUACGCCUUGACCAUGGACGUCACCUACGACAAGUGCCUGGUCGGUAUUCACGGUCAGAAGGAUGCCAAGUACCUCUGGUCUCUGAACAAGAGUGCUCGCCCCCGUCGGUCCAAGGCCAUCGCUCACCGCUUGGCUGCGACUCCCGAGGAGAAUCUCGAGCGCCUCAAGUACGCCGGUACUCUUGAGGAUGAGGUCGGACCUUUCUGUCACCAGUGCAAGGGUAUGAAUACUUCGGUGCCUGCCAUCGAUGGAUUAAGACUGACCCGUGAACAGAGAAGGGCCACUGGCGUUAUUCUCCAGUGUACUAACUGCCUGGGUCUCGAUCACCGCCUGCGUGACUGCCCACUGCCUCGCAAGAACUGGGAUGCUUGCAGGAACUGCGGACAGGAGGGUCACCGCUCUACCGAGUGCGAGAACCCCCGUGUUGCCAGCGCGGAUACCGAGUGUCGUUCGUGCGGCGGCAAGGGUCAUUUCUCCAAGGAGUGCCCUACCCCAUUCCAUUCGCUGACGAUUUGA